CACUCACUGGAUGAGAUCUGCCCUCGAUCCACCCCCUGGAGCCAUGCCCCAACCUUUGAGCCAUUUCCGUGCGAAUGAGGCAGUGGGGCACGGGUGAUGGCGAUGGAGGGGCAGCCAGAGCUGAGGGUUGAGGGCUGGGUCGGUUGUCUAGGCACCACGUAUAUAAGAGCCUCUGUCCCCUCCUGUCGAGUCCUUUUCUUCUCAUCAUCCACCACUACUUUCUACCUCUCUCACCUUUCUCUACAAUCCAUCAAUCACCAUGGCCUGGGGCUGGGAACAAUCCGACGACGCUCACCGUGAGGUGUACGGCGAGAAGAAGCACGAGGGUCACGUCUCCCACCAGUUGAUCGCCGGUGCCGCUUCCUUCGAGGCCAUGAAGCUCUUCGAGGACCACCAGCGCAAGCAGGGCAAGACUGUCAGCCACUCCUUCGCCAAGGAGGCCAUUGCCGGCCUCGUCGGUGCUGAGAUCGAGAAGCUCGCUGAGACCAAGGGUCUGGACGAGGUCGACAAGAUCAAGGCUCACCACCACGCCAAGCAGAACGCUCAGGAGAUGUACGAGCAGCACUACGAGCAGCGCCACGAGGCCCCCGAGUUCGACCCCGGCCGUUUCCCUCCUCAUGACCGCUUCGGUCCCGGUGGCCGUGGCUGGCACUAAACCUGUGCGAUGGACCACUGGUUGGAGCCAUCGACGGGGAUGUGAUGAUUGUGUUGGAAUGAAAUGAAUAACCAUGGGAUGGCAGUGCUGAAACAUGGCAUGUCCUGCAUGUAUUCUAAUAAAGCGAAACUGAUAUCCAAAUGAAUACCAAGAAUACCGAUAAACACCAACUUUGAAGUACUUCAAACAAACAAAC